AUGUCCAGUCUCCCGCACCUUGGGCGGCUUGCCCGCGCCGCCACAACCUCCGCGCCGUUGCCAUUGGCCUUGGCAGCCCCGCGUAUUCGCGCGCUCUCCACUGCCGUCGAGGGGCAACGUCGCAACGGAGGUGGAGGAGACUUCCGCGGUCCCCGCUCGAACAACCGCCAACACCCCCGAUCCCGCGCCCCAGCUGUCCCCCCCAACAACCUCGCGCAGCUCCUCAACACUUUCGCGACGCUCAAGUCCGAGGGCCGUAGGCCCACGGCCGCGGCGUACGCUACGCUGAUCAAAGAGGCAGCCAACUACGCUACGCGGCGUGGAACCACCGUCGAGCCCGGCCAGUUCAGUCUCGGCUUUGAAAUCGCUCUCGGUGCGAUGCGCGACGCCGAGGCGGGUGGCAUCGAGCUGGGCAUCGAGCCGCUUAACCAGCUCCUGAGGUUCACCGUUCUGCACCCCGAAAUCCUGUCGUCACUGUUGAUCGAGUUUGCCAAGCGCAAGGCCACGACGGUCGAGACGUACGACACUCUGGCCUCGCAUGCGCUGUUGCCGGGCCACGUUGAGGAGCUGAUGAUGAUCCUGGUGGAGAUGUUCGAGCAGAACAUGGCGCCGAACCAGAACAUUGUGCGCAACGCCAUCCGCCUCCUUUGUGAAUGGGGCCAAAGCCGGCUCGCCAUUGACCUCGUCCACCGUAUCCAGGAUGUGCCGGGCCAGCGCGAGGUGCCUUCCGAGAGCUGGGUGCAGAUCCUCAUCGCCGCUGCCGACCAGCAAGACCUGCCGACCGUGGAGGCGGCGUGGAACCGCGUCGUCAACAUCAAGGCUUACACACCGGACGAGGGCCUGAUCCUCUCGGUGCUCGCGGUCGCCGCGCGUUGGGGCAAGCCUGCACUUGCGACGCGUGCGCUGGGUGCGCUCUCCGACAUUGGUGUCUCCAAGAAGGAGCACCACGUUGCGCCGCUGAUCGAGGCAUUCUGCCGCGACGGGCGUGUGCCGGACGCGAUCGAGGCUGUCGGCCUCAUUCGCGAAGGCGGGAUCGCUCCCAGGCUCCAGACGGUGCGGCCGAUCGUCGAGGUGCUCCGCACGGCUGAGAUCAUUGACCAGGCCUUCUACUGUCUCGAGGACCGAGUCAAGGAUGAGAAGCCGGUCGACAUUGCUGUCUUCAACGCUCUCAUUCAGGCGAGUGCCAAGAUGGGUGACCUUCAGCGCGCGCGUGCGACUCAGCUCGCAGCACCCGAGCUCGGGGUCGAACCUGAUAUCGACACGUUCAACAUGGUGCUCUUGGCAUGCGCUGCUACCAAGCACACCGAGCUCUCCAAGACCGUCCUCGGGGAGAUGGAGGCCGCCGGCUUCGCUCCCAACGAGACCACGUACGAGUCUAUGAUCAGCCUCGCGCUCUCGCAAACUGAUUACGAAGACGCGUUCUACUACCUCGAGAAGAUGAAGGCGGACGGCAUCAAGCCGUCGCGCGACAUCUACAGGCAGAUCGGUAUGAAGUGCGCGGCGUUCGAUGACACACGCCACAACCUCGUCGCGGACGAAAUGGCAAACAUUGGCUACGGCAAGCUCGACUUUGCCCUCGCGAUGGAGCGGAAGCGCGAGCGCCAAGGACGGGGACGCGCGCGCGACUACCAACGCCACGAGCGGGGUCAGCGUACCGAGGGGCAGCGCGGGAACAAUGAGCGGGAGCAGCGCGACAGGCGCCAGACUCGCACGCGAGAGCGUGAGGUGGAGUCGGCAACGGGAGCUUAG